CGAGGCUGCUGCCUAAACCCGUAGCGCACCGUGCUGGCCUAGUUCCCCUACCUCCACCUAUUCCGGAACACUUCUCGGUAUUGCGGGUGCGUUACCAUGGCAAUGCGAUACGCCCACAACCCGUGCUACCACUAGCGCAGCCACACUGAUACCCGCCGCAAUACCAGGCUUCCCGUUCUCCGCCGCGAUGUGCGGCAAUGGUUCGUGCUAACUUUCUCCGAUACACCUAACCAGGAACGCCGGCCCGGUUCCAGCUUUCCGUAUGCUCCGUUUUUCUGCCGGAAACUUCCAUAUUUCUGACGGAAUAGGCUCUGAGAGCAGCGGGACCAGUCACCAGUGCCGCAAAACUUGAACUGACGCUGCUGGCGCCGUUGCUACUGGCGCCAUUGCUGCCGGCGCCGUUGCUGCUGGCGCCGUUGCUGCUGGCGCCCUUUGCUGCUCCGCAUGCCAAAAUAGACUCAUAAUUCCCCAUCGCGACCCCUGACACAGGCUCUCAGGCAUCUCAGCCUCUCAGGCAUCUCCGCCUGCGGACUUUUAACUAUCAAGCGCCUAGAUAGCAACUUAGACUGAGACGGUUCAAAGCCUUCACCGCUCGCCAUGCGGCCGCCAUGGCUGGGAUCGUCCCCUCCCGCCAGCGCCGGCAGCCCGUUCAGCGCGUCCAGCAACCCCGGCGGCUUGAUUCUCAGCGCCGGGAGACACGGCGGGAUCGGCGCCGGGUUUGGCGGCGGGCUGUUUAACUCCCUGUGGUCGUACGCGCGGCCCUGGCGGUGGUGGCUCGCGAUAUUAAUCAUCUGCGCGUUUCAAGGGCCUUAUUAUGGCACUGGUCGAACACCUCCGCUAUAGUCUUCCCCGAUCAGAAAAGCGCAUCGGACGCCGCGAUCGGCGGCGGGGGUAGCGGCAAAGGGGGGUCGCUGAACAGGCAGAGAUUAGGCGACGCUGCCGCGGCCGCCGCCGCCGCUUCCGUGUUCAGGCGGCACCUAAUCAUAGGGUCGCAGCAGCAGGCGCAAGAUGUCUCUAAUCUCCGGUCCGGAUCCUAUACCUCGACCACCGCGUCGCUAUCCGCGGCCGCCUUAGAAGAGCUAGUUCGCAAGGUGGCUGAGAACGUGUCGCAGCGCAUCGAGUCGCACGAGGCGGUGUUAGUUAAUCUGGGGAUUAAGCUGCUCAACCGCGAGCAGCACCUGUCUAAGAUCGACCAGGUUAUAGCGGCGCUAGGGAAAAUCCCCCCCGAAACCGUCCAAGCGGUGCUGCAAGCACAGCUAGACAGCAAAAAGCAGCAGGAAAGGGGAGGCGGAGGGGAAGGGGGAGCGGGAGGAGCAGGGGUAGGCGGAGGACAAGGGGGAAGCGGUCAGGCGGAAGCAGGGGGCGCGGGGGGCGGGUCAGGGGGAGGCGCGGAAGGGGAGGCGUGGGGGGAGCUUCCGGAGCCCAUCCCCCCUCCGCCUAAGCCGUGCAAGCGGCAGAAGGACCUAGGGCGGUCGGGGGGGAAGGUGGUCUGGCGGGUGGAGGAGGGGGGGGAGGGCAGCCCCAGAAAGUACCUCCUGGCGAUGUGCUCGGGCGGGCAGCUGAGCAACCGCAUCUCGUGCCUAAGGCAGCACUUUCUGGACGCGGCGCUGCUGAAUCGCACCUUGGUCUUUCCGUCGCACGGGCCUGGUGUGGACUAUGACUAUGAGCGGCUGCUGGAUAUGGAGGCGCCGAGGCGGUGCUUUGGCAACCAAACGUUUCUAACUCUGGACGAAUAUGCUGCAAUACAAGAGGCCAAGCACCCCACGCGGAGGAAGCACGCGCCGGUGAUGGUGGUGGAUGUGUUUGUGUGCCACGUGCACCACUACCAGACUGAGAGGGAAUGUGGGUAUAUCAGACAACGCUACCAGCAGUUGCACAUUCAAUUCGCCCGCACGGUGAUCCCCGAGAAGCGCACCCCGAGCCCGUGGUUCAAGUACCCCUCCAAAGAGUUCAUCUCUCUCUUCAGCUACGACGACUCUGUGAUCGCUUUUGGCAACAUGUUCGGCGUCAGCGGGCAGGACCUCCGCUUCCACCAUGCGCGGCCACUAGUGGUGCUGCCGGGGUGCAAGUACUACAUCAUGCCCUCGCCCAUGGUGCGCCAGGCAGCUGCCGGGUUCAUCAACUCCUACCUUGGCAGCACCACCGGCAUUGUCAGUGCAGGUGGUGAUGCGGGUGCUGGAGUUGCUGGUGGUGCUGCUGCUGCAGCUGGCAGUGGUGCCAGUGGUGGUGCUGGUGGUGGUUUCAUGGCAUUGCACAUGCGGAGAGGCGAUUUCUACCAGCAUUGCGUCAACAUGAAGGGGCACUCCAAGUUCGCCUGUUACCACCCUAUCCGCCAGCUGGCGGCGUGCGUGGCAAGGCGCCUGGAUGAGAACCCUGGAGUGCGGGCGAUCUACCUCUCCACCAAUGGGGAUGACGAUGAGGUGGCGAUGUUUCGGGAGUUUCUGGCAUUUGAGCGCGCACGGCCGCGGAAAUAUGUCAUAAAUGGGACGACUGAGGACGGCCGUGUGGGGAGUGUGGUUCGUGUACGCGGGGGCCGGACAGGUUUUUUCUCCUCCGUGCCUGUCCCGGUGGUUCGGAUGUCGACCAAGAGCUUGGAGACGCAGCCUUGGGCCGAGUCUCUGGUGCAGGCUGGAGCACAUAAUGAUUCGGUGGUGAUUUCUUAUGUGGAGAAGGCGAUAUGUGUCAUGUCGAAUGUGUUUUUUGGCACGUACGGGUCUACCUUUACAGGGGAUAUUGUGCGGCUACGGGAUUGGCUGUUUUUAAACAGCUGUAACGAUGGGAUGAUGUGCCCAGAAACAGACCAGGCGGAGCUUAUCACGCCUUUUGAGAGCUAGGUUCAAAUGAUUCUCUAAUCUCAUUACAUAAUGUUUGCAAGGGGUAUAUAGA